CGCAUGCACAGCAGAGAUACGCUCGAUAAGCGGCACCCCUGCUCAUCGAAGGAGUGACAGAAGCCAGCCCAUCGAGAUGUCGGGGAGCAAAGGUGCCAAGCCGUUGAAGAAGCUCGGGCCCAAGGAGCCUCACGAGAUGACCCACGCGGAGAAGCUCAGGCUGAUCGACGACGAGCUCAACUCUUUCUACAAAUACUGUCAGCAGGCUGGCUUCACCGAGGAGGAAAUGGACAUAAUCUGCCAGCCACUGGUGGCAGCGAUGCGCCGGUCUUGGCUGCAAUUCCUGUUCCAAGCCACACUCGUCUUCGUCGUCCUCGGCACGCUCAUCUGCUUGGCGGCCCAGCUUGACUUCAUCGGCAUCCACUUCUCGGCCAUCGGUAGACUAUUGAUGAUCAAGCUCCUGCCGAUCUGGCGCUGGGAAUCGCUUUACUACGAGACUUGCAUCAUGAACAACCCGUUCUACAACGACUACAUGUUUUCCGAGCAGGAUUGCGUGACUUGCGAGGCCGUAGAUACUAUCGAUCGAUUAUCGGACGUUCGUUAUCGCCAGCUGGUCGACAAUUACCUCAACCGAGAUGCACCUGCCAUCAUCACGGACGCCAUGAAUUCGUGGAACGCGAUGAACACCGACUUUUUCCGUUUCGACAACAUUACACACCUUUAUCUGGAAAACGAGCGUCUAAUGGAGACAGUACCCUGCGCUCUGACCUCGAAUCUGCGUACAGGCUCGUCCGACCUCGCCGCGUUUCUACGCCGGGUGCACUCGCCCGGCGUCGCUAAGUGGUUCGUCCACUGGCAGAACUGCGACAUAAACGCGGUAAAAGUCCUUCGGAAGUAUUACCAGCGACCCUACUUUUUGUCGAGCACCGUGUCACCGGCCCACUUCAAUUGGGUCCUCAUGUCCUCGGACUACAACAGUCCCAACUACAAGAGGGUUGAGCUGGACUCGGGCUUGAUUGCACUGGCACAAUUGCGGGGAGCCACGCAGCUGAGGCUUACGCCCAUCAACCCUUGCAACAGUUCCUGUCCUGAGCUCAUUGCUGACCUGCAUCAAGGCGAGAUGCUCGUAUUUACUAAUCUGAUGUGGAAUCUGGAGUAUGCACCUAUGCGAGGAUUGGACAACAUAGCCAUCCUCACUGAAACCGUGUGGGAAGAGGAUACGUAAAAUAUACCAUCGGAAUUGAUUUAUCUGUUUUUUCAAAACUGUGAUUUCUUACUCAGCAUAGCUACGUAUUUUCAACAAUCGAAACGAUAUACAUAUCGAAUAUAACGAAUAGACAGCGAAAUAUAAAAGUUUUAAUUAUAAUUGUCACAUGUACCAUUGAAUAAGAAUAAUAAGGAUAC